ACAUAAACAGUUAAAAGUCAAUAAAAAGCAAAAAAAAAUAUUAUUAAAAUGCGAAACAUAACGGUUGUGUUUAUUUCAAAUACUAAACUAGUUUGAGUCCAAGUUUGGCAUUCGCUUGUAGCGCACCGGUCAGUAAUAGAAAUAACAAAAUAUAAUAUUUAUAAGCAAAUCAAAUGCAAGCAUUUUUUCAUAUAACGGUAUCCAGAACGAAACGGACACUAAAUGAAAUUUCAACAAAAUCUACAAUCGCAUCUAACACCCGAAUGGCGAACACAAUACAUCGAUUAUGUCUUCCUGAAGCAAAUGAUACUCGAUGCGGUUGAGAAUGCGCCACCGGUCAACAGCGCCGAGUUAACGGCUUAUUACACGCAGUUUCAACAAAAAUUCCAUGAAGUUUGCGAUAAAGAAUUGGAGAAAAUCAAUUUGUUCUACGAAGCCAAAUUGGCGGAGAUCAAUCAUAAGUACACACUGCUGAGAGAUGAAAUGAAGUUGGCGCAAGAGAUGGCCGAUACAGAGCUGAUGGCGCGUCCUUCGAUACGCAUUAAGAACAAUCAAUAUCGACAUACGAUCGACAUGACGCGAAUAUUGACGCGACAUGCGACGCAUGAUUUCAAGGCGGCUUUUAGUGAGCUCUACUUGAACGCCAUACUCUUGCGCAACUAUCAGAUUUUGAAUUAUACCGGUUUUCGUAAGAUACUCAAGAAGUAUGAUAAGCGCAUUAGUGGCAGAGCCGGUCAUCACUACUUCACAACCAAAGUGGACAAAACGUCAUUUCAUACCAAUCAUCAAACUAAAGUGCUUUUGAAAAAAAUCGAGGAUAUAAUGACAUAUAAUCUGGAGCAUGGUGAUCGACACAAAGCUAUGGAACGGCUGCGUGUACCGCCACUCGCUGAUAAAUCGCAUCCAUGGACCUCGUUUCGCACGGGUUUCUCGCUGGGUGCACUUAUUAUACUCGGUAUCAUGGUCGUUUUAUCGUUCACCAUGAAAGUCAUCGACGUGGAUGUGGUAACGUGUGUGCUACUUUUUCGUGGUCCUUUUACCAUGAUUUUAUUUUUGGGAUUGCUCAGUUUGAAUUUCUAUAUCUGGCGCUAUGUGGGCAUCAAUCAUGUGUUGAUAUUUGAGUUGAAUCCUCGUAACUUUUUGGCCGCUGUACAAAUUCUUGAGAUCGCCGUUGUAUUCGGUUGCAUAUUAUCACUGCUGACACUCGCUUUCCUACAUUCCCAAUACCUUGGCAUGCCACCAUAUGUCUUUCCGUUGGCCAUGCCUAUAAUAAUGGCAGUCUUCCUCGUCAAUCCCAUACGCAUAUUUCAUUAUCAGUCACGCAUGUGGUUGCUGCGCUAUUUGGGUCGCAUUGCUUGUGCACCGUUCUUCAAAGUCGUCUUCGUGGACUUCUGGUUGGCCGAUCAGUUCAAUUCACUUGUGGCACUCUUCGUUGAUUAUAGCCACAUUAUAUGCUACUACACGACACCGUUCGAUUGGUAUCACGCUAAAGAGCCGACUACUUGUGCCAUAAAUCAACGCUAUACGACCUUGAUACGCAUAUUACCGGCGUGGUUUCGUUUUGCUCAAUGUCUAAGACGCUAUCAUGAUGAUCCUCAAAGUGCUAAGAAGCAUCUUGUUAAUGCCGGCAAAUAUUCAACUAGUUUCUUUGUAGUGUUUUUCGAUUUCAUGGCAAGACACUAUGAAGCUUCUUACGACAGCCGACUGGAGAAUCCAUUUAUCUGGUUCUGGAUAUUGGCUGCCAUCGUUUCUUCAACUUAUGGUUUAGCGUGGGACUUUCUAAGAGAUUGGGGGAUCUUCAGUGCGGAUUGUGGGGAAAAUAAAUAUCUGCGAGCGCACAUUCUCUACAGACCGAGUUUCUACUAUUGUUUAAUCGUCGAAAAUCUUUUGCUGCGCUAUCUGUGGGCCUAUGUAUUUGUGCUGAACGAAGCAGGUGUUGUCAGUCAAAGAAUUAUGGCGCCUAUAGCGGAUAUUUUGGAAGCAAUACGUCGCUUCCUGUGGAAUUUCAUUCGUUUAGAGAAUGAGCAUCUGAACAAUUGUGGCAGAUUUCGUGCGGUCCGUGAUAUCUCAAUUACUGUUAUUGAACAGCCCUAUCGUGCAUCUAUCACUACUAUUAAUGAACCACCUGUUAAACCUACACGAAGUUGGAAAAAUCGUGCUAAACUGAAAAUUCAAAGUGAUUCUAAAAAGGUUGCCAAUGUUGUAUAGUAUUGAAAAUCAUAGUUUUAAGAUUUUUUUCUCAUUUGAUUGUAAAUAUGUUUUAAUGAGUAAGCAUAAAAAGUCAUGAUUGCUAAAAAUAAAUUGUAUAAUCUUUUUUGAACUUGUUCUUAAAUAGUUUAAUAAGGCA